AUGGCCACUGCUAAGUCAAAGGUAAAGGCAAAGGCAAAGGCGAUGAAGACCAAAAAUACGCAAACCUCUCUAUUGGAGGCUAGUCGAAAACGGCCAGCCUCAAGCACACCCCCGGCAGAGGCUCACUCUCCCAGUCAGGUGAGGGCGAAGAAGACGAAAGGCGACCCAGACGAAGGCAAUCGGGACUCCAAAGAGGAAGCCCCCUUUGCCAAACCAGUCAAUAGUACAACCGAGGAUCGGGAGAAGCACAUCAAGGAGCUAGAGAAGAGAAUUGAGGACCAAGCAGCUACCAUCGGGACACUCAGAUCGGACAGAACGUUCAUGCAUGGGGCUUAUGAACACUGGCCCCCAAUCUACAUUGGGGAGUGGCCAAAUAGGUUGAUUGGGCUAAUGUCCACUUGCAAGAAUUGGAAAUACGAGUUUGGCUUCUAUUCCACCAGGGGCAAAUACGAACACCUGUCUAAAGAGCAAAAGAAGCAAGUGAUUGCUAACAUGGAGGGAUAUGUCAUCCAAGAUGACUUUGACAAGAUCGUCCCGCGGCUGCCCCCUAAUAUACGCUGCAAUAUCCUGGCAAUCUUUGCCGGGAUAAUCGUGGUCAAGGAGAUUCUCAGUCUAUUCUUCACAAAUCCGUUCUGGUACCUGGAAUGGCCCGAUAGUCAGAGCUCAAACGAUGGCGAAGGGUCUGGUGUAGAGACGCCUUUUGGUGCUCAGCUUAACCACUUAUACCAAACUUUCCUCAACAAGGCCAAGAUCAAGCAAGUCGUUGCGGCUAGACUAGCCGACAAGAGCUUUCAGUGCCUGCUCAAAGACACCGAGGACGAGAUUCGGAUUCGAGAUAGAGAGACACUUCUCAACAGUGUUUACAAGAAAGGGGCUGAGCUAGCAGUGGCGAUGGCCACAUCACAACCGGACCUGGAAUGGCGAACUCUAGAAGAUUUCCCGCCCCUAUUUUAUCGUAAUUCAAAGGAGGUUGGGGCAGCCCACAUCCAUGGGCUCAUGGAACGGGAGUUGAGACUUGAUGGGCAUCGAGUGCUCGCCGUGACUGAACCAGCUUUCUGGCAAGUUGGAGGAUGGAACCGAGAUGGCAAGGAUAAAGUUAUCCUUAAAGGCAGUGUUCUUGUGGAUGACCCCAUAGGACUUCCCGAAGAUGCUUUCUCAACGGAUGAAGAUGUGAGGGCGAAAAGGAAGCAGAGGCAGGCCAAACGGGCGGCCAAGAAAGCUGAGGAAGGCGACAAAGAGAAACCACCGCCGAAAGGCAAGGCAAAGAAGGCGACCAAGAAAAAAAGUUGA